UCAAACACUGUUCAUUUCCUGUUUAUAGUGUGUCAACGUGUAGAUUGUGAUUACACAUGAAAUAGGCUCUUAUUUGAUGAGUUAAUCAUUCAGCUAAUUGCCCAGAUUAGCUAAAGACAUUGCUGUUAAGAGACAUAUACACUUGUUUGGGCUUUCUCCAGCAAAAAUGGAUCCCUAUGCAUGGAUGUGUUGUAUUUGUUUAUGUUUAUGGUGUGUAAGUUUUGGAAAUGGAAUUCCAGUAAACCCAUUAAAAGUUCGGAAUCCGGCAGACGAUGCAAAGGCAGACAAUGCAAUUGAUUCAGACAAUUUGAGACCGCUUGAAAACGAUCAGAAUAAAAAUAACCUUCUCUACAUACGUAAAGACGAGAAUCUUCCUUUGGAUAAACUGAAACCAGUCGACCACAUCGAUGCGGUUAAGAUGGAACAAGAUGGACAUAUCAACAAAGAGUAUCAUAAAGAACUAUUUUUAGGCAAUCACGAGGAGUUUGAAAAGGAAGGAGAAGACUCUACGGCAAAACUGUUGGAUAUCUUCACGAGAGUGGAUUCUGACAAAGAUGAGCACUUGAGUGAGGCUGAGAUGGAGGCAUGGAUUAUGCAGAAGAUGCAAGAACAUUUUGAUGAAGCUCUGCAGGAAAAUGAUGAGGUUUUCAAGCAUCUGGACCCAGAUGAGAAUGGUGUGGUGCACUGGAAGGAAUACUACACACAUUUCCUGCUGGCCAAAGGCUAUGAGGAGACGCGGGCCAAGAGACAUGUCCAGGACUAUGAUGAGAUCGAACUGGAUUCAGAUGCCAAGGAGGAACUCGUCCGCUACAAGUUCCGCUGGACAGAUGCCGACAUUGACCCAGCAGACAACCAGUUGAACAAGACUGAGUUCCUUGGGUUCCGACACCCUGAACAGAGUGACAAGACAAUCAGCACUAUGGUGUACAGCAUCAUGAACAGCAUGGACUCAAACGAAGAUGGCACGUUGUCACUGUCGGAAUUCAUAGCAUUGCCCCCUGGUGACGUGGAAGGAGAUGACUUCCGUGAGAUGGAUGUCCACUGGCAGGAGGAGCGCAAAGCUGAAUUUAAGGAUGCCAUUGACCAGGACAAGGAUGGAAAGGUCACUUCAAAGGAACUCAAAGCAUAUCUGGACCCACGAAACCCAAUUCAAGCACUCAUGGAGUCAAGGAAUCUGAUCUCCCUUAUGGACGAGGACAAAGACAAGAUGGUAUCCAAGGAUGAAAUGCUGAAACACAAGGACAUCUUCAUCUCCAGCAAGAUCGUCGACUUUGCAGCCAACGUACAUGACGAAUUCUGAAAACAUUGAGCUACAAAUGGUAUUUUUGUACAUAUAUGAAAUUCUUAUGAAUAUGUCCCUCUAAAAUUUGAUUGCCUUACUUGUUUCUCAAUCCAUAGGUUUAGCGGGAAUAUAACUAGGAAGAAAGGCAACAUAUAACCUUUGACUUAAGAAAUUUUCUUCGAGCUAAACUUGUGGAUUCAGAACAUGUUUCAAGAAAAGGCCGUCAGGUGUUAGAGGUAUUCUUCCAAGAAUUUUUAUCAUUGUUAAUUAUGUUCCAAAUUCGUGGACGUGUGAGAAUGAGUCAGUGUUAUAAACACAGACACACAUACACAUGCACACACACACACACACAAUAUAUAUGUAUAUUUUGACUUGUGAGAGUGGCUCAUAUAUAUUUAGUUGAGUAUGUGAGAGGGGUUUGCUGCAGUUGGCAAACAUUUAUGAUUUGACAUUUGUUGAAGAUUUAAUAGUAUUGUUUGUAGAGACAGACUUAUGAAGAUUAUGAUGGUUGUCAAUGUCACAAUGUAUUUGGUAAAUCAAAUUGUCCUGUACAUCAUAUUGUUUUGUUUGAUGGACAGUGGUAGUAGCUUUAUGCAAUCAACAUAUGACCCAAAUCAAGAUAUUUUUUUUUUUAAAAGAGAGAAAUUACUGAUUUUUAAGUAUAAAUUUAAUUUAUGUUUGUUUUAGCCAGAUGUGAUCUCUCUUUGUGUCAUUUCAUAUAAUACCUCCUCAGGAGAAGUAUGUUCAAAUUCAUAAUCUUUGAAUCCAUCUUGAGCUUCUAAAAAAUGAUCAGAGGAAAAUGUUUACAUUACUAAUGUUCUUGUCCUGCCAUGGUUUGAGUGUGUGGGAUUUAAUUUUGAUCGGUGUGAUGAGGAAUUUUAAUUUAUUUUAAUUCAAAUUCUUGCUGUCAAUUGUUGCAGAGUGGGUCAAUGAGUUGGUCUUGUGGGUUCCUGGGUUUCAGCUGCUAAUUUGAGCUUUAUAAGCCUCUAUGUUGAAAUAGUUAUAUCCAGUGUUUAAAACUCCCGAAAUUCCAAGCUAGACAGCUGGACUGGUAACAAUAAUAAUUACCAGUCCGGAUACAAACUUGCUCGUCCGGUUUUCAACAAU